UGAUUUAAUUUGACUAAUUACAAUUAUUAAAACAGUCUACAAAGUUAAGAUUAAUGAACACAUUUGCUGCGAAUACAAGACUUUCAUGUAAUGUUUCGAUGAUACUUAUUCUAACUUAUGCGAAAAUUUUGAAUGAGGUCCAAUCUACGUUAGUUCCGCGAUAUUCCCUUUCUUGUAUUUGAUGAGAUUUUGUAUGAAGUGUAGAACUCCCUCGGUACUUGAUAUUAUGGGAGAAACUCAAAUACGAGAACUUCUUACAAACCUAUUGAAAGACUGGCUGAAUGUCAUGCCAGAAGAAUCAAUUUAUUCCAAAAAGCUGUCAUUCUUUAAAAUGCAAGCAAAUCGAGACAACCGAUUAAUACAAUCUGAAUUUCAAUAAUACUAACAAUAAAUAAAAGGACUGUUUCUAGAAUAAGUUUUGACAUAAAAAUCGUGCACAAUGUCGGGCACACCGUCAGAAUUAGCUGCCAGCGAGAUGCCAGUCUCCGACCCGGGAGUAGAAACCCCGAUCGAAGAAGAGGUGUUAGUGGCACCGGCGGCACAAUAUCCUCCGUACCCACCGUACGCGACGGAGCCGGCGCCGCCGUCAGUGGCGGAUACCAUCAUCGCAGGCCGAGGGUUGCGGCUCACGCACAAAUCUGGACCUAAGAAACCCGUGCGACCUCCACCUAAGCCAGCGCGUCCAAGGGGUCCAAAAGCUACUGAUGUGAAGAUGACAAAGCGUGCCAUGCGAGCUCAUGCACGCUGUUUGCGAAAGCACGGUGCUAUCUUAACUGACCGACUUGAGCGAAUGGCAAAACCUCUGCGACGCAACAUUAUAUUUUUGUGGAGAGAACAUGCCCAAACUCUACCUCCUGAAACGAUUGCUCGUCUACGAGCAAUGUUGGAUGCUGAUGAACCUUUUAAGCCAGAUCAGGCUUAUGAAUAUUUUGUCAAUUUAAAAAAGACAAAGAAGAAAGCAAAUGCAAACGCUCGCGUUAAUGAAAUAAAGAAAGAUGUACUAGCUAUGGUAGGCGAGAAAAGAUUUGUUUGGGCUCGCAAUGCUACCGUGGCGUUCGCUCGAGGCAUCCAGCAACGACUCGCGAGACCUGGAAGUUAUGCACUGGCUGAUGGGAUGUUAAGAUUAUCGAACAUUAUCUUGGACGAGAUUUGCAAUUACAUGCAUAUGAAGACACCUUCCAGACGGUGCAGGCACCCUAAAGCGAAGUUCAUGAUGGAAAUGUCUGACAAGGUUGCCGUUUGGAUAGAUGAAAUACUUUCUGAAUCGGAUGAUCGAAUGCUUAUGAUGGACUUUGACGAAGAUGACGACAUACUAAGGCCAGAUGGAGCUGGUGAUGCAGGUUUUGCAGACGACUUUUUGGACAUGAUGGGUGAUGACAAGAUCACCAAACCAGUCUCUAGACUCAACAAGAAAACCAAGGAUUCUAAAGAAUUUCAAUAUGAUAAAAAUGUAGAAGCAGUCCUUGAAUUUAGUUAUGUAUAUAGACCAGAACCAACUAGCGGUGUUCUUAUGGGUCGAAUCGGCGCACAUUUUAUUUUUUUAAUUACUUCCUCACAAAUACUUGCACUUACCAGUUGUGUUAUCAUAGGUAAUAUGAGGGAAGCAUUUAAGAUACUGACUGAUUCAAUGACCGCCCGGGGUGGAGAGAAUUUGGUGAAGCAUGGGAAAUUUUCCCAGUCUUACCGUGAUGCAGCAAUGGAGUUGAAACGAACCCCGGAUCUAUCAGCUACAGAUUAUAAUACAGCGAUAGCUAUGGAUUUAAGUCAAAAGCUUAAGAGAAUAACGAAUGCUGUCACUCCACCGACCAUCAAGCAAGCAAUGGCAGAUAUGAUCGACAUUUGCUCCAAUUAUUUGGCACAGCAUGCCGAAUAUAACAAGGAUAAAGGCCCGGCGUUUAAACUGCUGGUUAAAGAAAUGCGCAACAAGCCGAACGAAAAGUUGUACGAAAAGGGGAAAGCUAGUCGUACCUACGCACAAGCGGCAAAUGAACUGGAAAAGGCUAAAGGCCUGGAAACCGAUCACGACGAUCCUAACCUAUCGCAGGCAAUACAUUCAGAUUUAACAAAAUUAGUUUCUCCUGUCACUCCAGCCGAUAUGGGAAGAGACAUGGCGGAUACGGUGGAUUUAUGUUCAAAAUAUUUGUCGGAGAGGGCAGUGGAUGAAAACGAACGCGGACCAGCAUUUGACCUACUGAUAAAAGAAUUACGCAAAGAAGGGGGCGAGCAUUUCUCAGACUAUCAACCCGUGUCCACAAAAAACGCAGCCGCGUACACGUUCGUAUACUUAACUAUUAUUUUACUGAGAUAUCAUCAAUCGCUAGGAUCGAUGAAAAAAAUUAAAUGGGAUACAUUUACUUAUGUCUGUAUACUUGGGUGAAGGGUAGCGAAGCAAGUCGGUUCGCUUCCAGUUAUUUCAGAAGAAGCAAUGUAUCUAGGACUUUACACGUACGAUCAUAUAAUCCGUCUAUUGUUCUACAGGUUGGAGUCGGCUCCAGGCCUUACGAGUGUAACUCCAGAUGACUCGACGUCGCCUGUGUUUAAAGCGGCGCUCCACAAAGCAGUAGACGCUGCCACACCCAAAGCUUUACAGUCUGACAUGAAUGAGGUAAUCGACCGGUGUGGUGACUAUUUGUCUGCCUUCGUUCGAGACAGAGAUGCUGCACUGGGAGCCUUAUUGGAUAUGAUGAAGAGCAAACCUAAUAAUGUGUUUGCGACUAGAAAUAAUUACACUAUGAAUUAUAAGACCGGAGCAGAGGAAGUGGAGAAUGCGCCCACGUUAGUCCCUUAUCUUCCCAUCAAAGAUAUAGCUGAUGAAGGUAAAAGGGUUUUGACUCGGGACAUGGUAGGCGUGACACCGCCGAAACUGGAAGUACCGAUGAAAGCUUUGAUCCAGGACGUUUCGAGAUACUUGUCCCAAUCUGUGGCGAUGCGAAGUGGAGUUGGCGGGCCUAGAUACCCAAUGAAUUUUCUGGCAGCAGUCAAAAAGUCUUUAGGCGCAAGACCUCUCUUUAAAUAUAAAGCUUAUGGGCAAACGUAUAGUGAAGCUGCAGAUGUACUAAUGCACUCUGGUCCCGUUGAAUCGCGGUUGAACAUGAAUACUCGGGCAAAUCUUGGAUUGCCACUUGAUGAACCUGAACAACUCGCGACAUUACAAAAUCUUCCUGAUGAAGAAGAUCUAGCUUCCCCAGAAGAAAUUGCGAAACUAGAAAAACUUGCUGCACUUGGUUAUCAGGAAGCUAAAGAAGAACUGGCGGUACAAGAGAACCUCGCGAAACUGGAAAAAUUAUCAAAGCAGGGAAACCCGGAAGCAAAGAAAGAGCUUGCAGAACAACAAAAGCUCGCAGCAGAAAAAAAGCUACAAACCCUAAAAAAACUAGCAGCAGAAGGUGACCGUGAAGCACAACUCAAACUCGCGUCUCAAGAAAAUCUAGUGAAAUUACAACAACUUGCAGAUAGUGGAGACAGCAAAGCAAAAGAAAUUCUCGAAUCGCAUAAAGAACACGUUAAAUUAGAAAAAUUAGCAGAAAAAGGAGACCCAGUAGCAAAGAAACAGCUCGCUAAACUAGAAACUGAAGCAGAGGAGAAAAAACUCGAAAACCUAAAAGAACGGGCUGCACAAGGAGAUAAAGUAGCCCAAGAAAUGGUUGCGGAGCAAGAAAAACUUGUUGAAAUGCAGAAACGUGCAGAAACUGGAGACCGCGAAGCUCAGAAAAAAGUAGCAGAACAUAAACAAAAAGAAAAACUGGAGAAGCUGGCAGAACAAGGGGAUCUCCAAGCGAAAAGAAAAGCUCUGGAAUAUUUGGUGGAUAUGAUGAAAGAAAAAGGUGAAACGCCUCUUGCCCAGUUACAAGGAUAUGAACAAACAUAUUCUGACGGCGCAAGAAGAAUCGAGGAAGCUCCUUCUUUAGCCAAUGAUAAAGUAGACACAGGAGCAUAUGAAACAGUUAAAGGUAAACUCACUGCGAUGACAGCUGCAAAACCGGCGCCACAACUCGCAGAACACUUGUCAGGUAGUAAUUUGUUUUUAGUUUUUACAAUUCACAUGAAAUUUUAUUUCAAGGUCUUCAAAAGGGAUAAUGCUGCAGUGUUUGUGCAGAGCAGAUCGGCACUAGCACAUUCAGAAAACAAUACACUCAACUUUAUAAAUCUCCAUUCAGGAGUGGUUGACGAAUCAUCAAAGUUUCUGGCGGCACCUGUACCUGAAACGGAUGCCGACAAGCGAAAGGUAUUAGGCGAUUUAAUGAGUCGAAAGGAAGACGAAAUUCUUGGGGAAGAAGGUAUUUACAAAAUGACUUAUAAGGAAGGUGGAAAAGAAAUUUUAAAAGCUCCCGUGGGAGUUACAGAUGCUUACGAUGAAGCAAAGAAACAAGAAAUGGAAAAAAAUGUGCACUCAGUAAUUCCUGAUAGCAAAAUGAUGGAGUUGCUUAAAGACCCUGCUAAAGAAAGUGCAGCUCAUUUAACAGAUGUAAUAAAAGGCAGAGGUGAAGCAAUGGACGUUAUACACAAAGACUUGCAAAAAGAAAAAGAUAAAGAAUUUAUAAAUGUCGGAGACUUCAAGAAAACUCACGAACAGGCAGCAGAUAUGUUAGCGGAUGCUCCACAUUUCGGUGGUGAAAAAGCUUCACCUGUUCUUUUGGAUAAGGUUGCGCAUCAGGUUGACCAACUGCCGAAAGAUACAGAGGGUAACAAACUGGCUAAAGAACAUAUGGACGAUGCCAGUAAGAUCGCUUCAAAAUACAUUGCUGGUGAAGCCACAAAAGAAAGUAAGAACAUUAUCAUUAUCACGUCAUGUUAUUUCAUAGUAAUGAUAAUCAUGUUGUUUGACCAAAGUGCCUAUACUGGUCUAAUUGAAAUAAAGAAUUUGACUUUGACUUUUGACAUGUAUGAAUAUAUUAUAGAAGCACGCAGACAAGCCGCAUUAAAGAGUAAACCAGGAGAUGCCGCAGUUUCAGCUGAGGCCGGCGCUGAAGGCGGAGCUGGUGCUGGUGUCGGGGCCGCUGCUGGUGCCGGGGCUGCUGCUAGUGCCGGGGCUGCUGCUAGUGCCGGGGCCGUUGCUGGUGCAGCUGCCGGUACUGGGGCUGGCCCUGGUGCGGGUGUCGGAGGUGGAGCUCUCUCUGGCUUUUGGUCGGGCAUCGCUGCUGCUGUGGCUGGUACUGGUACUAAAGCAGGUGCUGGUGCAACUGUGGGGGCUGGUACUGGGGCCGGUGCUGGUGCUGGUGUUGGUUCUGGUCCUGGUUCUGGUACUGGGGCUGGUGGUGCCGCCACAGGUGAUGUUGGGGCCGGCAGUGUUGGGGCCGCCGGUGUUGGGGCUGGUGGUGUCGGAGCCGGUAGUGUUGCAGCCGGUGGGGCCGGCGUUGUUGGGCCUGGUGGUGUCGGAGCCGGUGGUGUUGGCGCCGGUAGUGUUGGUGCCGUUGGUGCUGGGAUCGGUGGUGUUGGUGCCGGUGGUGUUGGCGCCGGUGGUGUUGGUGCCGGUGGUGUUGGGCCCGGUGGUGUUGGCGCCGGUGGUGUUGGGCCCGGUGGUGUUGGCGCCGGUGGAGUUGGAGCCGGUAGUGCUGGUGCCGGUGGCGUUGGUGCUGGUGUUGCUGGGAUCCGUGGUGUUGGGCCCGGUGGGGUUGGUGCCGGUGGUAUUGGGCCUGGUGGGGUUGGUGCCGGUGGUGUUGGGCCUGGUGGGGUUGGUGCCGGUGGUGUUGGGCCCGGUGGUGUUGGUGCCGGUGGUGUUGGUGCCGGUGGUGUUGGGCCCGGUGGUGUUGGGCCCGGUGGUGUUGGGCCUGGUGGUGUUGGACUCGGUGGUGUUGGGCCCGGUGGUGUUGGUGCCGGUGGUGUUGGUGCAGGGGGUGUUGGGCCCGGUGGAGUUGGUGCCGGUGGUGUUGGUGCGGGUGGUGCUGGUGCCGGUGGAGUUAGCGCCGGUGGUGUUGGUGCGGGUGGUGCUGGUGCCGGUGGAGUUAGCGCCGGUGGUAUUGGUGCCGCUGGUGUUGGUGCCGCUGGUGUUGGUGCGGCUGGUGCCGGUGGAGUUGACGUCGGUGGUGUUGGGGCCCAAGGUUUUGGCGCCAGUGGUGUUGGUGCUGGUGGAGUUGGUACCGGCGGUGUUGGAGCCGGCGGAGUUGGUGCCGGUGGUGUUAGCGCCGGUGGUGUUGGGCCCGGUGGAGUUAGUGCCGGUGGUGUUAGGGCCAGUAUAAUUGGGUCCAGUGGUAUUGGUUCCCUUUGGUCCGGGAUCGCUGCUGCUGUGGCUGGUACUGGUACUGCAGCACGUGCUAGUGUAACUGCGGGGGCUGGUCCUGGUGCUGAUACAGGGGCCGGUGCUGGUGCAGCUGUUGGGGCUGGUUCUAGUGCUGGUACUGGAGCUGGUACUAGAGCUGGUUCUGGUGCUGGUAUUGGGGCUGGUACUAGAGCUGGUUCUGGCGCUGGUAUUGGGGCCGAUGGUGUUGGGGCUGGUGGCGGCGGGGUUGGUGCCGGUGGAGUUGGUGCUGGUGGUAUUGGUGCGAGUGGGGUUGGUGCAGGAAUUGCCGGAGUAGAUGUUGAAGGUGCUUAUGCAGACGAAGAAGCAAGACAAAGAGCCGGAAAAGGAUGGCGAGGGAUAGAAGGUGAUGCAGGAAUUGGUUUUGGAGGUCGAAGGGGAGGAAGGAAAUCGAGCGGAGUAGGAACACCUGGAGUGGAAGGAGUUGACGCUGGAGUUGGUGCGGUACGAGCUGGAUCUUUACCUGGAGUGGUUGGUACGGGUGGUCCUGGUGGAGCUCGUGUACCAGGAGGCGUUGGUGGUGUUGGUGGACCAGGCGGUGCUGGCAGAGCCGGAGGAUUUGGAGGUUCUGGAAGUUUUGGAAUACAUAGAGGGGUGGGAGGACCUGGAUUUACCUCUGUUGCCACAGGAGGCAGUUGGCCGUUAAGAGAAAAGUUCAAAGAAGGUAUACCAUAUGGAAUGGAAAACGAAGAGCAAAGACGUCGAAGAUUAGCUGAAGAGGAAGCUCACAGACGAUACGAAGAAGAAGAAAGAAGGAGGUUGGGUGAUGCGGAAUAUUACCGGCGACAAUCCGAAAAGAGGAGGCUUGAAAUGGAAGCUGCCCGCGGUGGUUCAUAUUAUGGUGUCGGCGGUGCGUUAGGUGCUGAUUACGAUCCAGAGCAUGAGGCCGCAUUAGAUAUCUUACAUAAAGAAUUGAGAGCCCGCGGAGCAGAAAUGUUCUACCAACAGCCUCAGACCACACUCACGCAUGCGCAAGCCUCCGAUUGGAUCGCCAUGGAAGAACCCUUCAGAAUAGACAAGACUGUAAGGGAAUCUGGAGACACAGCCCGACUACAGAAGAAGUUUGAGAGGAAACUCAAUGCUAUUGUCAUGAAAGCAACUCCGCCAGAUUUGUACGAUAGCAUGCAAGAUGUCGUCAUUGAAAGUGCCAGAAGACUUUCAGAGUUCUUCGUUGCCACUAAUUACAAGGCCCUUGUCCGAGAAGCUUUGAUAUCGGAAAUGCAAAAGCGCGGUAACGAAAUACUCGCAGAAAUAGAUGGCGCCGCUGAAAGUUUCUUCUUUGCUGCUCAAAGGCUAAAGAAAGAAAGGACAUAUGAACUAAACGCACCCUGGUACCAAGUGUCAUAUCUCUUGUCUAAGAAGAUGGAAGACAUGAUCAGAUGCCGGUCGAUGGCGCGGAAACUGACUGCUACAAUGAAGGAACACGUAAAAGUAGCAGCAGACUUUUUAUCGGGGCUGGUCACAAAACCGGAUGACAAAAUUGAAGCAUACAUCGCCUUAUUAGGUGAAAUGGAAUCUGCGGGUGAAUCUCUGCUUAUUGAGGGUGAUAUACCAAAAACUUAUAAGGAAGCAGCGUCUUAUCUACGGCAGCUGACGUCUUUCGAAGACCAAAUUGGACGUCCUAACGACAGUCUGCAAACAACUACUCAAAAUAGGCUCAAAUCCCUAAUGUCAAAUGUCUCUCCGAGUGGAUACAAUCAGAGUGACAUGGACGAUGUUAUUAACGAAACAACGAAGCUGUUAGUUUCAUACAUAAUGCUACAAGGUGAAAAGACAGAAGCAUUGAAAGAAAUGAUUAAUGCAAUGGACGAAGCCGGUGACCGUGUGCUGCUCCGACACGGAACGAUAACCAAAUCCUACAAAGAAGGUGCUGAUUUAUUAAGAGAAAAGAACACAGAUCAACUCAGUACGCCAAACGCAGACCCAGUCGUGACAAGGAAGAUACAAAUUAAACUUACCAAUUUGAUGCAAAGGAAAACAUCUGAACAAUAUCAACCACUUAUAGAUGACGUCAUCGAUGAUGCCACAAUGUACCUUGCCGUACAUUUCCUACAACCACAGGUGAUCAAAGUGUGCAAGUGCAUGAAGAACGUGUUCGUGCAGUGCGAGCUGUGGUGUGACGAGAUCCUCCGGCGCGUGGCCCGGCCGUGCUGCUCGUGUUCACAGCCGGUGUCCGCGCAGCUGCUGCACGAGCUCGCCUCCUCGCAGCGCAUGCGCGCCCCCUCCGGCUCCUCGCGCAUGUUCGCUCCCGGCAUAUCCCUCUCCACGUGCCCGUCACGACUGAACAGAGGAUCCCGACUAAGCUCCCCACAAAAAUGUCCUGCUCCUCAUCCCACACCCGAUUGUCUUAAGGGACCGACCACUUCUUACCUUAUGUACGGCUCAUCUUACGAUCAGAUAUUUGGUGGAACGAACCGGAACACAGCUACAAGCUCGUCAGAUUCAGCUCGCUCAGAAUCACGAGCUCCAGUUGGACGUUCAAAGCGAUCUUCGACAGUGCAAUCCCUUUUGAAUGAUAUACACUCAGAUAAUAUGAAAUAUUUAGAAGGCAUUUCAUUUGACCAUAUUAAACCGAAGAUUCCGGAGAAGUCCUCGAAAUCUUAUCAUACUCCUGACAGUACAAUGUUUACUGGCACGUCACAAGAUGGUCAAAGUGGCUUCUCUUUCAAGAAUUUUCCAACAACGAUGUUUGCUAACAUUCAAAUGUCUGAAAGACCUCCCACGCUGACGCAGGCUAAGAGUGGAUACAGCUCUCGAACCCCAAUAAUAUCGACGGACCAAAUGGCUGACUGGCACGCUAUGAUGGUGAGCUUGAUGUGGAACGUGCAGGCGUGGCGGGAUUGGAUCCAAGAGAACAUCACUCGCGCGUUGGCGCACCAACACAACUUUCACAAUAGUGGAGAAGAAAACGGAGACAACUGGUCUACGUUUCAACGUAGAGUGUCUACUGAGGCUUUACAGUGGCGACAAUAUAGCGUGUUUAGCCGCCAGCUCACGACACGCCUUGCUUUGAGGUAUAAGGAUAAAGAAAUAGUUUCUCCUAUGCGGGCUACGGUGAAGACAAAAAAGUACUGGGAAUGUCAAGAAGAUAUGCUAGAAAUAAUAGACAUGUUUAAUAGAUGGACGCAGUGGCUUACGUUAGUGGUGAAAGAGACGGACUCUCUACAUCAUGUUUCGGGUUGCGAUUUACCUUUAUAUCAACUACGUUGGAAUCAUCUAAAGAAAAAAGUCGAAGAGUAUUCUAAAGAUUGGAUGAAAUAUAACAUGCACUUAAAAGUGUCUUGGGAGCAGAAGUACAACUCAAUUAUUGCUGACUACUUGCCAACGUGGAAGCACCCCGGGCCGGUGUGGGUGGUGAGCGCUUGCGGGGCGGUGCCCAGCGGGGCGGUCGCCGCCGGCAUCCACGACGGAGAAGUCAUCUGGGUUGCCAGGACUACUCACAAAUGCAAUGUUCUGCCAGCGGCUCUAUAUCCUUCUAAGCAUUGCUGCUUGGUUUAUGCUGAAGGGGCGGUGCAUCACUACACUAAAUAUCAGGCAAGCAUACUAUUUUUAUACUAAUAAUUA